CCGACACGUCCUCACCGCGUGGGUGCGCGUUGUCCAUAUAUCCUGUUCCUGGCUUGCAGCUGCAUCGAGUACAGCAACGCGCAGCGCCACUACCAACCCGCCUGCUACUACGGAUACACACACACAUACACAGUGAUGGAAGGAGGAUAUACGUGCUAGUAAUAAGCUCGAUCGAUCUUGAGGUGCGCUUUCGCAGCGCAGCCAUCAGAGACUGGGCUGUGAUAUCAAGUCCAUGUCAGGCAGAAGACGCGGCGACAGAGAAGAGAGGUCUCUACGGCGAGAAGCUUCACGUCGCUCCGAUUCGUCUGCCGCCUUGCACUCAGCUUCGGCUGGUCCAGCGACACGGGCAGGUGGUGAAACGCGCAGGAUUGGGCUCAGGAACAACUCGGAUUCACCCAACAACGAUGCGCGCCGCCCUAGCGACCUGCUAGACGACGUUGACUCGGACUCUUCUGCUCCCACUCCCGCCUCGUCCACUUUCUCCGCGCCUCCCACCAUGUCGCGUUCUGGUCAAAAUAUUUCUCUACACGCUCUCACACCCUUGACCAGCUCAGACUCGUCUCCGCCUGGCAAGCUGCCUAGUCCACGCUCUUCCAAGCUCUCACAUGAGACGAUGCACACGACCUCAUCCUCUACACACGCGGCGCCAUCGAGUGCGCCCAAUAAUGUCGCCGAUACCAUCACACCAAUAAAUACGCCGCCCGAGACGCGCAUAUCCGUCUUCCCAGCCGACGGCGUGCUGGGCCAACGCUCCACCUACGAUGCGCAGCUUGAUCCCAAACUCGAUAAACGGGCGAGAGCAAAAGGAACGGCGAAAUACACCACAAUACUGGACAAGGGCGACCCAUCUCCUCCUCCCGACCCGCGCCUGGCUAUUGCUGGUUACACCACUGGCCACUAUGUCAUCAAGACUUCUUUCGUAGGAGCUCCGAAAUCAAAACUCAGGAUAGCGCCGUAUGUCGCUAAGCCAUACUCCUUCGACCAACGCAUAUCAUGCGGUCCAGGGCCCGCGACUCAAGUGGUUGUAACGGGAUUCGAUCCUUUGACGCCUGACGCGCAACUGCGUGGAUUCUUCUCCACAUAUGGUGAAGUGGAGACUCUUCGCAACCAAGUACAUCCUGAUAACGGCAGCCCACUUGGAAUAUGUCUAGUCAAGUUUCGCGAUACCCCGCCUGCGCGCGGUGUACCGGGCAUGAAAGCGACCACCUCAGCAAAGCGGGCCGAACGAGAAGGCACGAACCAGCGCAUUGCGCAACACACGAUCAGGGUAAAAUCUGAUCGCGAGGGCCGGAGAUGCCAGAAACUUGUGGAUAUGGCGGUGCAGCAAACCCGUAAAGAGGAGGAGAAGCAGCGCGCCAAGUAUGCUGCGAAGGCUGUUAGUGUAGCGACACCGACUGCACCAGGAACCUUCGACCUCCCAGCCAAUGUUCCCAAAGGUCCAUCUGGAAAGGGCGCGCGCCCACCAAUACCGAUACCUCGAGAACCUCUAUCAAGGAAGGCCGCGCUUUCCUACCUCAUCGAACGCGAACCAGUCAAGCCCACACUGAAACGGAAACCUUACAUCUUCAUCGCACACGCAUACGUACCUGUCCUUAGCACGACUGUUGAUCAUCUUAAGAAGCGAUUGAAGAACUUUCGGUGGGCUGCGGUGCGAUGCGAUCAAACGGGUUACUAUGUAACCUUCGAAGAAUCGAAGCGUGGUGAAGACGAGGCUGUUCGGUGCUAUAAAGAAUGCCACAUGCAAGCGCUAUUCACAUAUGUUAUGAAUAUGGAGUGCAAUCAGUAUGGAGAUCCUAACUACGAGCGUAGUCCAAGCCCGGAGCGCGUAGUGGCAGACAAGAAGCGAAAGGCCAUCGAAGAGCGAAUAGAACAGGAAGAAGCGGAGGACCUCGAGUGGGAAAAGAAGCAGAGGGCAGACUCGCUGGAUCCUGUACGAGCCGCUUUGGAUGUUCUGAAGCAGGAGCUCCAAGAGAAGCUCCUUGGGGAUAUCAAGACGAAAUUAGCGGCGCCCACUAUACUUGAAUUGCUGGAUCCGGAGCUCCAUGUGGAGAAGCGUCGCAAAUUUAACGUCCCAGCUCCGUCCCAGAAGGAAGAGAUUGCGCGGCCACCGGCUCUUCUCGCCCCAGGGUUCGACACUUUUGGAGCAGGUACUCCCAAGGGCCGCAGUGGUGGUCUUGGUGGUCGCAAUGCACGCAGGGGAUUGGGUGCGUUUGAUCCCAGCACUAGACGUGGAAAGAGGCCUCCGAAGGUUGUCAAUGCAUUCGCAGACGAACGGAGGAAAGCUUCUGCGCCCAAGCCUCGUGUGGCUCGUGGCCUUCAUCGCCAGAUGAUUGAGAUGUUCGAGCCCGAAGAGUCGGACGAUGAGAGCCGUAGCCAGCUAACUCGGGGUACCGAAGAGCAAGAGAGCCGCCCGAUCAGCCGCGCUCCUUCCACUGACGUUGAAGAGGAGGUUGAAGAGUCAUCGAGAGCCCAUCGUGCCAAACGGCGCCGUCUCGAAACAGGAUGGGGUGAAGACAGUGACGAGGAGAUGGAUGAUUCACACGCCAGGAGUUUGCUUGCCCAUUGUAUCCACAAAGAUCCUGAAAACAUGGCGGAGAAAGAGCUGGAACAAGUGCUUGCGAUCCUUCCCCGCUCUUCGCCUAUUUGGAAGAAGGCAGAGAAGGCACUCAAAGGCUUCAGAAGGUUGCGGAAGAUUGAGCAAGAGGCGGAUGCAAUCUUUGGCGUGGAAGCAAGCCCGGUUGACAAACUUGAGCCUGAAGUCAUCAUCACCCAAGAUGAUGAAGCACUCAAGCCCAUUGAGACUACCGAGCUGCCAGAGACGCUCACGUCACUCAAGAAGAAGGCCACGACCAAGCCUAAGAAGAAGACCAAAAAGCAACUUGAAGAAGAGGCCAAGGCUGCGAAGGUUGAAGUCACAGAAAUCGAGGCGCCCGCUGAAGAGGAGGUCCCUGAAGCGAAGAAGGUCGAAGAGGCAGUUGAAGAAGCCGUAGUCGAGGAGUCCACACCGGAAGACGACGGGCGAGCCUCUUCUGUACUCUGGGGUGUAUCUUCUGGAGUGCCUCGUAAGACUGUUGAAGAUGACCUCAGUGUUGUAAUGGACAUUGAUGGUUGGCAACACAUGCUCAAGGACGAGGAGGAUCUACGUCACCUGAGGGCUGCCAUGGAGUCCAUCACCGCCGAGAAGAUCGGAGAUGCACAGUCUUGGGCAUGGAAGCAAAAAUCUAUCAAGCACCUAAACCGCAACGGUGAGGAGGGUGUCUCGCGUACCGAAACGAAGAUAGAGGGAUACUACGUUCCUAACUCAACUGGCUCGGCCCGUACGGAAGGCGUCAAGAAGAUUCGCGAGUCUGAAAAGUCCAAGUACCUACCUCAUCGUAUCCGCGUCCAGAAGGAGCGCGAGGAGCGCCAGCGCCGUGCUAAGCAAGAAGAGCGAAGCGUCGUCUCCGUCGAAGGCUUCAAGUUCCAGACCAGCGCCAAUAAGACAUCGACCGCCAACUCGCGUGCCAACCGCGCCAACAACCGCCGCAUGGUCAACGAUAUCAACAUCUCCAAGAACUUGUCUGGUGCGGAAGGCGAUGCCCUCCGCUUCAAUCAGCUCAAGAAGCGCAAGAAGCUCGUCAAAUUCGACCGAUCCGCUAUCCAUAACUGGGGCCUCUACGCCCAAGAACCUAUCGCUGUCAAUGACAUGAUUAUUGAGUACGUGGGUGAAAAGGUUCGCCAGCGGGUUGCCGAUCUCAGGGAAGCCAAGUACGACAUGCAAGGUGUCGGAUCAAGUUAUCUGUUCCGUAUUGACGAAGAUACCGUUAUUGAUGCAACCAAGAUGGGUGGCAUUGCAAGAUUCAUCAAUCAUUCUUGCACGCCGAAUUGCACAGCUAAGAUUAUUCGCGUGGAUAACACGAAGCGUAUCGUCAUUUACGCGUUGCGGGAUAUAAACUCUGAUGAAGAGCUCACCUACGACUACAAGUUCGAGCGUGAGAUGGACGCUACUGAUCGUAUUCCUUGUCUUUGCGGUUCAAUCGGCUGCAAGGGCUUCCUCAACUAGGGACCUUUACAUGGCUUCAACUCUGCCUCGGCCUUUAGCGCACACUCCUUUGCGCUGCCUUUUUCAACAUCACACUUUUACAACGCUGCCCUGU